GCGGCGGCGGGAGGGGCCGGGCAGGAUGCGGCCCCCCCCCGGGGCAGGGCUGAGCCGCCCCCCCCGGAGCGGCGCGGCGCGGAGCGAGGGCCAUGGCGGUGCCGGGGGGGCUGCUGCUGGCGGCGGUGCUGGGGGCGGCGCGGGCAGGGCCCUGCCUGCCCCGCGCCCCCUGCGAGGCGUGCAUCCGCUCGCAGCCGCAGUGCGCCUGGUGCGAGGACCCGGACUUCACGCAGGGGGGGCAGGCGGAGGCGGCCCGCUGCGGCCCCCGGGAGGCCCUGGAGCGCGCUGGGUGCCCCCCCAGCGCCGUGGUGGAGCCGCGGGGCCGCGUGCGGGUGCUGGAGGACGUGGUGCUGGGCCCCGGCGGGGGGGGCGCCCAGCUGGGCCCCCGCGUGCUGCACGUCUCCCUCCGGCCCGGCGAGGAGCAGAGCUUCCAGGUGCGCUUCCGGCGGGCGGGCGGCCAUCCCGUGGACCUCUACUACCUCAUGGACCUCUCCUACUCCAUGCGCGACGACCUGCACAACGUGCGCUCCCUGGGCAGCGCCCUGCUCGCCGCCCUGCGCAACGUCACCUCCUCCGUGCGCAUCGGCUUCGGCUCCUUCGUGGACAAGACGGUGCUGCCCUACGUGAGCACGGUGCCCUCCAAGCUGCGCAACCCCUGCCCCGAGCGGCACGAGCCCUGCGACCCGCCGGCCGCCUUCCGCCACGUGCUCUCGCUCACCGCCAACGCCAGCGAGUUCGCCAGCCGCGUGAGCCAGCAGCGCAUCUCCGGCAACCUCGACUCGCCCGAGGGCGGCUUCGACGCCAUCAUGCAGGUGGCCGUGUGCGAGAAGCAGAUCGGCUGGCGCCCGGUGACCCGGUUGCUGGUCUUCGCCUCGGACGACACCUUCCACACGGCGGGUGACGGGAAGCUGGGGGGCAUCUUCACCCCCAGCGACAGCCGCUGCCACCUGGACGCCAGCGGCGUCUACAGCAAGAGCCACCUCUACGACUACCCCUCGGUGGGGCACCUGGCGCAGGUGCUCUCGGCCGCCAACAUCCAGCCCAUCUUCGCCGUGACGGCCCCCACGGUGCCCGUGUACCAGGAGCUGAGCCGCCUCAUCCCCAAGUCGGUGGUGGGGGAGCUGCGGGAGGACUCCAGCAACGUGGUGCAGCUCAUCUCCGACGCCUACAACAGCCUCUCGUCCACGGUGGAGCUGCAGCACUCGCCGCUGCCGCCCGGCAUCAGCCUCAGCUACGAGUCGCACUGCGGCGGCCCCCCCGGCCCCCCCCGGCCCCACGGCGGCUUCUGCGCCGGCGUCCGCAUCAAUCAGCAGGUGAACUUCACGGUGCGGGUGCGGGCGAGCGGGUGCCUGGCGGGGCCGCAGGCGGUGGCCCUGCGGGUGCUGGGCUUCGCCGAGGAGCUGCGGCUGGAGCUGCACAGCCUCUGCGGCUGCCCCUGCGCCCCCCCCCAGGCGCCCGCCCCCCUCUGCCACGGCGGCAGCCUCGAGUGCGGCGUCUGCAGGUGCCCGGCGGGGCGGCGGGGCCGGCGGUGCGAGUGCGAGGGGCCGGAGGCGGUGGCGGGGGGCGACUGCCGGCCCCCCAACGGCACGGGCCCCCCCUGCGGCGGCCGGGGCCAGUGCGUGUGCGGGCGCUGCGAGUGCCCCCCCGGCCUCAGCGGCCCCCAGUGCCAGUGCGACAGCGGCGCCUGCGAGCGCCACGACGGGCUGCCCUGCGGAGGCCCGCAGCGGGGCGAGUGCGUGUGCGGGACGUGCCGGUGCCGCGGGGGCUUCACGGGCAGCGCCUGCGGCUGCAGCGCCGGGCGGGACGGCUGCCUGCGGGGGGGCCGCGAGUGCGGGGGCCGCGGGCGCUGCGUCUGCGGCCGCUGCCGCUGCCAGCCCGGCUACCUGGGGCCCCUCUGCGCCCGCUGCCCCUCCUGCCAGACCCCCUGCCAGCGGCACCGGGACUGCGCCGACUGCAAAGCCUUCGGCCUCGGCCCCCUGCACGCCAACUGCAGCCUGGCAUGCAACCGCACGACGGCCCGGGUGCUGCCCGCCCGGCCCCCCCGCGCCGCCACCGACGCCUGGUGCACCGAGCAGGCCGCCGACGGGCGCAUCCUCAUCUUCCUCAUCGAGGGCGACGACGGCGAGGAUGAGGAUGGGGACGUCACGCUGACCGUCUGGGCUGAGGAGGCGGCCGCCGCCGAGCCCAUGAAGCUGGUGGUGGGGCUGGUGGCCGGCAUCGUGGCGGCGGGGCUGCUGCUGGUGGUGCUCUACCGCGUCUCGGUGGAGGUCUACGACCGGCGGGAGUACCAGCGCUUCGAGAAGGAGCGCCGCCGCGCCCGCUGGAACGAGAACAACCCGCUGUUCAAGAGCGCGACCACCACCACCGUCAACCCCAACUACGUCCAGGAGUGAGGAGGGGCCGGGCACCCCCGGAGCGGACGGACGACCCAGCGCGGCCCCCCCCGCGAAGCGGCUCCCCCCCCUGCACCCACUGCCACCACCCACGGCCCUGUCCCCGUCCCCCCCGCCUGUCCCUGUCCCCCCCCCUCCCGGCGCUUGCUUUGCUGGAAGAGGUUGCGCAAUAAAGGGAGCCGCAGGCUGCCGGCGGUGGCAGAGA